ACCUGCCGGUUUUAUUAAAAUUAGGAAUUUAUUUGAAUUAUUUUUCUCACCCGAAGUCUAAGGAUGAUGGAGCAAGGAGCUUUGGUGGGUUCUUCUUCUUCAAGCUGCUAUGUUCCUUUCCAAUUUCGACAAUCAAAGACGUUUUUUUCGUCAUUCAAGCCAAAAAAUAAGCUAAACCCUAGUCAAUUCCGGUUUAACUGUCCAUGGUUUAAGUCGGUUAGUUCUGUAACGGCGGCGAAAUGCAAUAUGUUUGACUACGCGGUGAGUGCAGGCGGCGAUGUGGAGGCUGAGCAUCCGGUAGACGACAAACAGUUUGUGCGUUGGUUUCGUGAAGCCUGGCCUUAUCUGUGGGCUCACCGUGGCUGCACAUUCGUCGUUAUUAUCUCCGGCGAGAUCAUCGCCGGUUCUUCUUGUGAUCCCAUUUUGAAGGACAUAGCGUUUCUUCAUCAUCUAGGAAUAAGGUUUGUUUUAGUUCCUGGAACUCAAGAGCAAAUCGACGAGCUUCUGUCUGAGAGAGGACGCGAGGCUACGUAUGUGGGACGUUACAGAGUAACGGAUGCAGCAUCUUUGCAGGCUGCCAAAGAAGCUGCAGGAGCAAUAUCAGUGAUGCUUGAGGCCAAACUAUCUCCUGGACCUUCCAUUUGCAAUAUCCGUAGACACGGUGAUCGUAGUCGUUUACAUGAUAUAGGUGUUAGGGUUGAUACCGGUAACUUCUUUGCAGCAAAUAGAAGAGGUGUUGUUGAUGGUGUUGAUUUUGGAGCGACAGGUGAAGUGAAGAAGAUAGAUGUAGAACGGAUUUGUGAGAGGCUUGACGGUGGUUCUGUAGUUUUGUUGAGGAACUUGGGCCACUCUAGCUCCGGAGAAGUCUUAAAUUGCAAUACCUAUGAGGUAGCUACAGCUUGUGCUUUAGCUAUAGGAGCAGAUAAGCUUAUUUGCAUAAUGGACGGUCCAAUUCUUGAUGAGAGUGGACAUCUUAUUCGUUUCUUGACCCUUCAAGAAGCAGAUAUGUUAGUGAGAAAACGUGCUCAACAAAGUGACAUAGCUGCAAAUUACGUGAAGGCUGUUGGAGAUGGAAGUAUUGCUUAUACCGAACCUCCUAACAACACCAAUAGUAAGAUUCCUUCUCAUCAAAACGGGAGAACAACAUAUUGGGGAAACGGAAACGGACCCCAUACUCCUAUCUUUCAGAACGGUGUUGGAUUUGACAACGGAAACGGAUUGUGGUCUGGUGAGCAAGGUUUUGCUAUUGGUGGUGAGGAAAGAUUAAGCCGCUUAAACGGUUAUCUUUCUGAAUUGGCUGCUGCGGCGUUCGUCUGCAGAGGUGGAGUCAAAAGAGUUCACUUGUUGGAUGGUACGAUAAGUGGAGUCCUAUUGUUGGAGCUUUUCAAAAGAGAUGGAAUGGGAACUAUGGUUGCUAGUGAUGUUUACGAAGGAACCCGAGAUGCCAGAGUGGAAGAUCUUGAAGGAAUUAGACAUAUAAUCAAACCCUUGGAGGAAUCGGGGAUUUUAGUUCGCAGAACUGAUGAGGAGUUACUGCGAGCCUUGGAUUCAUUUGUGGUGGUGGAAAGGGAAGGUCAGAUCAUCGCUUGUGCAGCUUUGUUUCCGUUCUUUCAAGACAAAUGCGGAGAAGUUGCAGCAAUCGCGGUUGCAUCAGAUUGUCGCGGUCAAGGCCAAGGAGAUAAAUUGCUCGAUUACAUAGAGAAGAAAGCUUCAUCUCUCGGGUUAGAAAAGCUGUUCCUACUCACAACCCGAACAGCGGAUUGGUUCGUGAGACGCGGGUUCCAAGAAUGCUCAAUCGAGAUCAUACCAGAGAGUAGAAGACAAAGAAUCAAUCUAUCUAGAAAAUCAAAGUAUUACACGAAGAAACUUCUACCUGAUAGAAGUGGCAUUUCAGUUCUCAGGAUAUAAGCAAGAAGAUGACACAUCAAGCAAAACACAGAACCAUAUUGUAAAAUCAAUAUUCAUCAUUCUC